AUGUCCAAGAUGCUGGCCAAGAAGAAGAGCUGCUUCCAGAUCACCAGUGUCACCACUGCCCAGAUGGCCACCAGCAUCACCGAGGACACCGAGAGCCUGGACGACCCGGACGAGUCUCUCACCGAGGACGUCUCCUCCGAGAUAUUCGAAGUUUCCGGGGCCACGGAUUACGGCGAGGAGGUCUGCGAGCGCAGCUCCUCCGAAGAGACGCUCAACAAUGUCGGGGACACGGAGACCCCCGGGACUGUCUCCCCAAACCUCCUGGAUGAGCAGCUGGCGGCCGUAGCGGCUGCUCCCUCCAACAGAGGAGGAACCGUUUUGGCCCGGAACGUGGCCAGGGCGCUCGCCAGUUCCCUGGCGGCGGCCUCCACCUCGUCCCCCACUUCGGGGACUCCGGGAGGCCCCCCUGCGGCAGGCCUGUCCAAAGGACCAGGGACGGCAGCCCCAGCGCAGCCCCCUACCACUUGCAGUUCUCGCUUUUGGGUGAUCAAUCUGGACCACGGGAGCGGGGAGCACUACCGCCGCGGCAGAUGGACGUGCAUGGAGUACUUGGAGCUGGACUCGGACAGCAGCGUCCUGACCCGUUCCAGGGACUGCAUUAGGCACAGCAAUACUUUCGACCAGACCGCUGAGCGGGACAGCGGCCUGGGCGCCACCGGAGGGUCGGUGGUGGUGAUGGCCUCCAUGCAGGGGGCUCCCGGGCCUGACUCGGGGACUGACAGCUCCCUGACUGCUGUGUCACAGCUACCCCUGUCGGAGAAAAUGAGCCAGCCCGCCCCGGCCCAGCCUCAGAGCUUUAGCGUCGGGCAGCCGCAGCCGCCGCCGCCAGUAGGUGGGGCUGUGGCUCAAAGCUCGGGUCCGCUGCCGCUCUUCCCUGGAGCCGCUGCGGGGCUGCAGCCAAUGAUGGUAGCCGCACAGCCAAGCCAGCUCCCAGGUGCCAGGCCUGGCGGCGUCCCUCCAGGGCCCGGGACACAGGUUCUGCCGCCGACGAAUGUAGACCUGGCGCAGCCUGCAGUGUCCUUGCCUCUGCACCCGGGCCCCGCCGGCGGCGCCCCUGAGGUGCAGCACCCCGCGCACUUCUACCCCCAGCCUCAGAUGCCGCCUGGGCAUUUGCUGCCGGUCCAGCCCUCCGGCCACAACUAGUACUUGCAGCAGCACGUGUCGGGCUUGCAGCCGCCGAGCCCGGUACAGUCCUCGUCCACUAUCGCCGAAGCGACCCCUUCCGCCACGGUCAGCUUUCCCCUGGGCGCCAGCCAGAACGCCGCCUGGUUGGCCGCUCCACUGGCAGGUACGUCUUCUCCCCCCAGGGAAGCUGUGGCUGGGCCAGGACCUGUGCAGGGCGGGCAGGCCAUGCCUUGUCCGCCGGCUAGCGUGCCCCUGGCUGCAGUGGGAGGCGUGGUGCAGCCGGGCCUGGGUCCUGCCAGGGCCGGGCAGCCCCAGUUGGUUCCUCCGCCGCAGAGCGGUCAGCUGUCAGCCGUGGCUGGUGGCCCUCACACCGUGGUGCCCGGAGUUCCAAACGUGCCUGCAGCGUUACCUACUCCCAGCGUGCCUAGUGUGUCUACAACUUCUGUUACUAUGCCAAAUGUACCCGCGCCUCUGGGGCAGUCGCAGCAGCUGAGCAGCCAUAGGCUGGUCAGCAGGAGCAGCAGCGUCAUCCAGCAUGUUGGGCUGCCCUUAACCCCAGGCACUCACAGCGCUCCAACUAGUCUACCACAGUCUGACCUAAGCCAGUUUCAGACUCAGACCCAGCCUUUAGUCCGGCAAGUUGACGAUACUAGAAGAAAAUCAGAACCCCUACCUCAACCGCCACUUUCUCCCAUUGCUGAAAAUAAGCCUGUUGUGAAGCCUCCUGUUGCAGAUGCCCUGGCCAACCCCCUCCAGUUAACACCUAUGAUCACCCUCGCCACCUCUGUCUUCAGCAUAGCUAUUCCUGUUGAUGGUGAUGAAGACAG